GCCCAAAAAAAUGCAGCAAAAGUUGGCGCGCCUGUGAUUGCGCAAGGCUUCCACUUCUGAAUAAGCUUUGGGCUCAGAAACAAGUGGUGCUGACACUGUGGGGUCAGAGUUGCAGACGCAGCACUGGGACCGUUGCUGCUGGGAGUCAACAUGGCACCGAAAAAACCUGCAGCAAAGAAAGGGACCGUCAAGUCGACGAUGAAGGCCUUAAAAAAACCCGCUGCGCUCAAGAAACCCGCGGCCGCAGCUGCUAAGAAACCAAGUGUCCCAAAGGUGGCCAAAGAACUCCAGGCAUUGGAAGCCAAAGUGGUAAAUCUGGAGCGACGGCCAGAUAGGUGGAAGCGCGUCGAAGCAGCGCUGAAGAAGGAGCUGCCGUGGUUGAAGGUCGAGCGCUUCCUGGCCUCGGACGGAUCCAAGAGUAUCAUCCCAGAAGAGGAAGUCUCAAUGAAGUGGAACACCUCCAGAAAUGCCAACUUCGCAGACUUCUACGAGUGGGCCUUCGAGGAUGGCACCACUUGGAUGUGGGCAGCGGAUGCCCCGGAAGAGGACGACACUUGGAAAUUCACUGAGAAUGGUGAUGGCUUCAGCUACAUAAGAGAUGCGCCGACGUUUCAUGAGAAGGAGCCACCCACCGGGACACUCGAAAAGAAGGCCACGGGCGAAAAGUUUACUGUGAAGUUGCGCUUUGCCACGAAGUACUUGAACCCGGGAGAGACACAGCUGAUGUCUGGGGGUGAGCGUGGCUGCGCGCACUCGCACAGG